UAAUCACUAAAAGGAAAAAGAUGGACAACAUCUAAUGUUGGUGAGGCUAUAGACCUUAAGAUUAGAAAGCGGCUGGGAUAGCAGAGGCGACUGGCCGCGUUACCGACUGACCAACUGACCAGGUGACUUAGUAACUUCGUUAAGUAAGGAAACUCAGUACCAUUACAUUUACCGAAAGCUGACAGCUUUUCAGAUGCAGCGCUCCCAGUUUAAGGAAAGUGCAGUUGGAGGCGGCGUGGGGCAGAGGGAGCCAGCCUCUGAACGAACUGCCCCAGGGUCGCGCAGAGGCGAGGCUGGGAAAGAAAGGUUGAGGAAGUCGGGGGACCUAGGCUGCCAGGACGCCCAAGAGCCUCCAGAGGUUCUGGUGGACCAGAGUCUGCGCACUCCGCCGAGAGCAUGCCCUUGGCUCAUCCAAUCAGAGCGGCGGAUCCAGGCGCCUGUCUGUCGCCUUGGCAACGGGACGCAUAAGCACGCGAGGCGCGCGGUGGCGGUUUGGAUCUGGCCCCUGGCGAAUCGCGUUAUGUCGCGACCGAAGAACCAAAAUUACAAGGGCCAUGGAUUGUCAAAGGGAAAAGAGCGAGAGCAGAGAGCAUCGAUCCGGUUCAAGACCACCCUCAUGAACACACUCAUGGACGUCCUUCGCCACAGGCCAGGAUGGGUGGAAGUGAAGGACGAAGGGGAGUGGGAUUUCUACUGGUGUGACGUCAGCUGGCUCCGGGAGAACUUCGACCACACCUACAUGGAUGAACAUGUGCGGAUCAGUCACUUCCGGAACCACUAUGAGCUGACCCGGAAGAACUACAUGGUGAAGAACCUGAAGCGGUUCCGGAAGCAGCUGGAGCGUGAGGCAGGAAAGCUGGAGGCAGCCAAGUGCGACUUCUUCCCCAAAACCUUUGAGAUGCCUUGCGAGUACCACCUGUUUGUAGAGGAGUUUCGCAAAAACCCAGGAAUCACCUGGAUCAUGAAGCCUGUAGCCCGGUCUCAAGGGAAAGGCAUCUUCCUCUUCCGUAGGCUGAAGGACAUCAUGGACUGGAGGAAGGACACAAGAAGCUCUGACGACCAGAAAGAUGAUAUUCCUGUGGAGAACUAUGUGGCUCAGCGUUACAUUGAAAAUCCCUACCUGAUAGGAGGCCGCAAGUUUGACCUGCGUGUCUAUGUGCUGGUGAUGUCGUACAUCCCGCUGCGGGCCUGGCUCUACCGGGAUGGCUUUGCCCGAUUCUCCAACACCCGCUUCACACUGAACAGCAUUGAUGACCAGUAUGUUCACCUCACCAACGUGGCUGUGCAAAAAACAUCUCCCGACUACCACCCAAAGAAGGGCUGCAAGUGGAUGCUGCAGCGCUUCCGGCAGUACCUGGCGUCCAAACACGGGCCCGAGGCAGUGGAGACACUCUUCAGGGACAUCGACAACAUCUUUGUCAAAAGCCUGCAGAGUGUGCAGAAGGUGAUCAUCAGUGACAAGCACUGCUUCGAGCUGUACGGCUACGACAUCCUCAUCGACCAGGACCUCAAGCCGUGGCUCCUGGAGGUCAAUGCGUCCCCAUCACUGACAGCCAGCAGCCAGGAAGACUAUGAGCUCAAGACCUGCCUCCUGGAAGACACCCUGCAUGUUGUGGACAUGGAAGCGAGGCUCACGGGAAGGGAGAAGCGAGUCGGGGGCUUUGACCUCAUGUGGAAUGAUGGCCCUGUUAGCAGAGAGGAGGGGGCUCCUGACCUGUCGGGAAUGGGAAACUUUGUGACCAACACACACCUCGUCUGGCCCUGGCUUCUUCACGUGGUAGACUUGGUGUUCCAAGAGGGUGAGAAAACACACUGCAAAGCCUUUUGCGGCCCGGACUCAGAAGUCCCAUAAAGUCAUUCUGCUACAAUCAAAGCAUUUGCUGGUUUAGCCCAGUCACUGGGUAAGAAAACAGACCCCACCUCGCCGGGCGCGGUGGCUCACGCCUGUAAUCCCAACACUUUGGGAGGCCGAGGCGGGCGGAUCAUGAGGUCAGGAGAGCGAAACCAUCCUGGCUAACACGGUGAAACACUGUCUCUACUAAAAAAUACAAAAAAAUUAGCCAGGCGUGCUGGUAGGCGCCUGUAGUCAGCUACUCGGGAGGCUGAGGCAGGAGAAUGGCGUGAACCCGGGAGGCGGGGCUUGCAGUGAGCCGAGAUUGCGCCACUGCACUCCAGCCUGGGCGACAGAGCGAGACUGUCUCACACAGAAAAAGAAAAAAAAAAAAAAAAAGAAAGAAAAUAGACCCCACCUUUUGAUGAGAGGAGCAGCAAAGUCACCUUGCACAGAGGUGUGCAUAUAGGAACAUUGUUGCUGCCUUCUUUGCCAACAGUGCACCUCAGAUAUCAAUGCGCUACUUCCUGGACCCCCAUUUGAGUAGCAAAGAUGGAAAGCGACGGUUCUCUAUCUUGGCUGCCCAUUGGAAUCACCUGGGAGCUUUAAAGACUACUGACGCCUGCCAGAUCAAGAUACGGUUGGUGUGGGCAUCAGUAGCUUUUAAAGCUCCCAGGUGAUUCCAAUAUGCAGCCCAAGUUGAGAGCUACUGGUUUUUUUGUUUGUUUGUUUGUUUGUUUGUUUUGAGACGGAGUCUCGCUCUGUUGCCCAGGCUGGAGUGCAGUGGUGCAAUCAUAGCUCACUGUAACUAACCUCAAACUCCCAGGCUCAAGCAGUCCUCCUACCUCAGCCUCCCGAGUAGCUAGGCCUACAGGCACACACCACACCUGGCUAAUUUUAUUUUUGUGUGUGUGAUUUUUUUCCUGUAGAGACAAAAUCUCACUAUAUUGACCAGGCUGGGAGAGCCAGUGCUUUAGAAGUCUCUAGAAUUAUUCCUGUUUCAAGUGUUUGGGUUUAUGGUGGUAAACACAAGGGUAGCUGGUUAGGGUAGGAAGAGUACUGAUGAACUGAGUUAGGGAAGCGUUCAGGGACAUCCAGGUGAAAGGGUCAGCAGAUAACUCAGAGAUGAGUGUAGAACUCCAAGAAGUUUGCACUGGACAAGAAGACUCGAGAGUUAGGAAUGAGCCAAAUAGAGUUUAAGUUAGGGCUGCAUGGAACUCACUCUGGAAAACCCUGAGGAUGUGCAUCGUAGGCUCUCAGCUCAGUGAAUGGCUGAGUGAGUGUCUGGGAAGCAGGGACAGGGUUUGGGGGGAUGUGGAAGAUGGCAGACACCCCCAGGUCAGAACUAGUGGCCACAGAGAUUCAGUCAUUCAAGCAGCAUUUUUGAGUGCCAGCAAUGUGCCUGGCAUGAGGUUAAAUGACCAUAGUUACCUCAAGGAUCAGCUCUGAGAGCAAACAGCCAACAUGUAGCACCAUGAACGUCCUGGGAGAGACGUCUCAGCAGCUCACGGCACCCUCAGCACGAACUGCCUGGGAUUGGGGGCCACAUGUACGGAAAACUCAUCUCUUAGCCAGUUGUGCCUGGCACAUGGGUUGGGUAAGGGAAGAAAGCUAACAGUACUGGGCAGCUAUGAGGUGCCAGGCACUGUGCUAGCUUUAAAUGCAUUUUCACUGAGCAAAGCCAGGAGAAGCAGCAGCGUGGGGUAGUGGUUAAGAGUGUGGCUCUGGCACCAGGUAGUCUGGGUUCAAAUGAUUUAACCUCUCUGAGCCUGUUUUCCCUUCUACACAUCAUUCCUGCGAGGGCCAAACAAAUCCAUCCACAUUCAGCAUCUGGAGCAGUUCCUGGCUUGAGGCUGUGUCAACGAUCGGAAGAAACAACUGAGGCAGCUCUUCUGCUCCCUUCAAGUUCAGAAGAAAGCUUCCAGUUGAUCCCCAGCUG